CCCUUUAGGCUUGGGGUUCAAAACUAGAAUGGGCCCAGUAUUUUUAGUGGCAGUGAUGCCGGAGUGGCAUUGAGUGACGUCUGGCUACAUCGUAUUCCGUAGAAUCAAGUGGAAAAAUGAAGGUGAAAAUUAUCAGUUGGACUGCUGUGUCAACUUGGAGAUGGAUAGCCAACGAUGACAACUGCGGUAUCUGCAGGAUGGCCUUUGACAGCUGUUGUCCAGACUGCAAGAUGCCAGGUGACGACUGCCCACUUGUCUGGGGCCAGUGUUCCCACGUGUUCCACAUGCACUGCAUCCUGAAGUGGCUGAACUCCCAGCAGGUACACCAGCAGUGCCCCAUGUGCCGACAAGAGUGGAAGUUCAAGGAGUGAGAUUUUGGCUUCCGGAGUGGGUCGCCGCCACAUCAAGGGAACAGGACGGUGCCGCAAGGUGCCCUUUGCAAGACCACCGUUAACCUGUGAA